AGCAAACAGACGAACACGAAACAUUUGAUUGAAAUUCAUACAUCAUUUGGCAAUCCCAAGAUGGACAAGAUAAUGAUUUGCAUCAUUGGAUCCGGAAACUGGGCAACGACUAUAGCCCGUAAUGUGGGCAGGAACGUGAUGAACUCGCAGACACUGGACGAAAAGGUGCCCAUGUAUGUUUAUGAGGAAAUUGUUGAGGGUCGCAAGCUCACGGAAAUCAUCAACACCACCCACAUAAAUUCCAAGUACAUGCCGAACUUUGAACUGCCGCCAAAUAUUGUGGCCGUGGAUGAUAUUGUGACCACGGCAAGAGAUGCUGACAUCAUUAUAUUCGCCAUUCCGCCGACCUUCGUGAGCAGCUGCUGCAAGACCCUGCUCGGAAAAGUGAAGCCCACGGCCCAUGCGGUUUCCCUGAUCAAAGGAUUCGAGCGCGGCGACGAUGGCCAGUUCGUCCUGAUUUCCCAGAUAAUUAUGCGGCAGCUAAAGAUUCCAUGCUCCGUCCUGGUGGGCUGCAACCUGGCCCAUGAGCUGGCCCACGAUCACUUUGCCGAGGGCACAGUGGGCUGUCGGGACCAGAAGUAUUAUAGGGUGCUCCACGACAUAUUCAGGUCGCCCACAUUCCGGGUGGUGGUCACCGAGGAUGCGGACUGUGUGGAGAUCUGUUCCACUCUAAGGAAUAUCAUUGCCUUUGCGGCUGGCUGCUCGGAUGGAAUGGAGCUGAAUGAGAACACCAAGGGAGGAAUCAUUAGGAGAGGAUUUCUGGAGAUGCUGCAGUUCGUCGAUGUUUUCUAUCCCGGCUGCCGCAUGGGAACCUUUUUUGAGUCCUGCGGAAUAUCCGAUUUGGUUACUAGUUGUUAUGCAAACCGCAAUCGCAAGUUGGCCGAGGCCUUUGUAAAGACGGGCAAGCCCCUGAGCGAACUGGAGCACAUUCUCAUACCAGGACACGAGCCACUGGGUCCGGUGACCGCAGAGCUGGUGCAUCAUAUGCUCAAGAAGAAGGGCCUGGAGGACAAAUUCCCCCUCUUCACUACUGUGUACAGGAUCUGCACUGGGGACUAUCCACUGCAGCGGCUGGUCGAAACCCUGAUCAAGGCGCGCGAGGAUAUAUUCCACCCACUGCACACUUUCCAAUUGUGAGGCGGACCCGUCGUUUGAGGUGUAAUAAGUAUUAAAUAAAACCAUACAGCAU